AUGCGGAUCAAGUUGUAGUUAAGAGAACCACUAAACUAAAAUAGAGAGAAAAGUUGAGACAAAGAUUCCGAGCUUCCUUCUUUGACCUUGGAAAUCCAUAAAACAGGGGAACAAUAUAAUACAAGUGGCAAUAUUCACGAGUGAAAGUAUUGAUCGAUGAGAAAUCAAGUAGAGUUAGAAUGAAGUCAAGAACACGAUACUUGAUAGCGAUUCUACUUGUAGUUUCGCUCUGUUCCAAGGCAAGCCAUGGCCAUGGGGGAGGAGAAGUUGAUGAUGACAAUGAUGAGAAAAAGAAGAAAGGAGUAACAUACGACGGAACUUCGUUGAUCAUAAAUGGAAAAAGAGAGCUUCUUUUCUCUGUUUCUGUUCAUUACCCUCGAAGCACACCUGACAUGUGGCCCAGUAUCAUUGACAAAGCUAGAAUUGGGGGACUUAACACCAUCCAAACUUAUGUUUUCUGGAAUGUGCAUGAGCCUGAACAUCGCAAGUAUGAUUUCAAGGGGAGAUUUGACUUGGUGACAUUCAUCAAACUAAUCCAGGAGAAAGGUCUCUAUGUCACUCUCAGACUCGGACCCUUUAUCCAAGCCGAAUGGAACCACGGAGGGUUGCCUUACUGGCUACGCGAGGUCCCAGAGGUUUACUUUCGUACAGAUAAUGAACCUUUCAAGGAACACACAGAGAGAUAUGUGAGGAAAAUACUUGGAAUGAUGAAAGAAGAGAAGCUUCUAGCUUCACAAGGAGGUCCCAUCAUCUUGGGACAGAUAGAGAAUGAGUGCAACGCGGUUCAGCUAGCCUACAAGGAGAAUGGUGAGAGAUAUAUAAAAUGGGCAGCGAAUUUGGUGGAGUCAAUGAAACUGGGAAUCCCCUGGGUAAUGUGCAAACAAAACAAUGCUUCUGACAAUCUUAUUAAUGCUUGUAAUGGAAGGCAUUGCGGAGAUACUUUCCCGGGACCAAACAGACACAUCGAUAAGCCGUCCUUAUGGACCGAGAACUGGACUACUCAGUUUCGAGUUUUUGGGGAUCCUCCAACUCAUAGAACAGUCGAAGAUAUUGCAUUCUCGGUCGCUAGAUACUUCUCUAAGAACGGAUCUCAUGUCAACUACUACAUGUACCAUGGUGGAACAAACUUCGGACGCACGUCUGCUCAUUUCGUUACCACUCGUUACUAUGACGAUGCGCCACUUGACGAAUACGGUAUGGAGAAAGCACCAAAAUACGGUCACCUGAAACGUGUGCACAGAGCACUUAGAUUGUGUAAGAAGGCACUUUUUUGGGGUCCCCAGAAACUUGGUCCCGACACCGAGUCCAUAAACCAAAUAAUACCUUAUCCGGUUUUGGAAAACCGGAGCUUAACUCGGAGAGCCAACUCAAACGGAAUGGUGGACAGGUACCAUAUACCAAGAUCUUUCAUGAAGGAGGAGAAGAAGAAGAACAUGUUGGUGAUUCUCGAGGAAGAACCAGGGGUGAAGUUAGAGGCUAUUGACUUCGUGUUGGUGAAUAGAGACACAAUCUGUAGUUAUGUCGGGGAGGAUUACCCAGUAUCGGUGAAAUCGUGGAAGAGAGAACGGCCAAAGAUAGCUUCGAGAAGCAAAGAUAUGAGGCUAAAGGCAGUGAUGAAGUGUCCACCGGAGAAACAGAUGGUGGCAGUAGAAUUUGCCAGCUUCGGAGAUCCGACAGGAACUUGUGGGAACUUCACAAUGGGGAAGUGCUCUGCAUCUAAGUCAAAGGAGGUGGUGGAGAAGGAGUGUUUGGGGGAGAAUCAUUGUUCGAUAGUAGUAGCGAGAGAGACUUUUGGGGACAAAGGGUGUCCGGAGAUAGUGAAGACAUUGGCAGUGCAGAUCAAGUGUGAGAAGAAAGAAGGAGAACUAGAUGAGAAGAAGAAGAAAGAAGAUAAUGACGAGGAGGAAGAGGAAGAUGAUGACGAAGAAGAUGACGACGAAGACGACAAAGAGAGCAAAGAUGCAAAGGAUAAGGAGAAGAAAAAUCAAGAUAUGUAAUAUUUGAGUCUUAAUCAAUCUUUUUUUAUUAGAAAGAAUUAUUUAGUAAUUUAUAGCAUGUGGUUUUUGUUAUGUUUUGUUCAAUGAAUUAAUUAUAUAUACAUAGCUUGUGGAAAGAAUGCUUUUACCCA